GCUUCUUCCUCGAGGAUCUCAGCCAGCCUACAAUCGCUCAUCAUCAUCAUCACCACCACCAUCACCACCACCAGCACCUACAUCAUCCACACACAGAGGCAGCAGUGCUAGGUGCUCCACACAGCACAUACACCUCAUCACACACCUCGUUCCACACACACGCCCACCAUGGUCCUCGUCCUCUUCGAGACGGCCGUGGGCCUCGCCCUCUUCCGCCUCUCGGACUCGGCAAAGAUCUCCUCCCCCUCCCUCGUCGACGACUUUGCCGACCCAGCAAAGGCCUCCAACAUGCUCAAGCUCUCUGCCAUUUCUCGAUUCACAUCCACUGCAGAGGCAGUCGAGGAGGCCAGCGCCAUUGCAGAGGGAAAGAUGAGCAAGAGCUUGAAGAAGCUCCUCACGGAAGAAAUUGUUGAUCAGGAGGGUAGCAAAAAGGGAAAGGGAAAGAAUGAGCAGCUCGUCGUCGUUGACCCAAAGCUAGGUGGCUCCAUCUCCAAGAAGCUGGGCAUCAACGUCAUCUCAGACUCGUCCGUUAACGACUUGUACCGAGGCAUCCGAUCCCACCUCGCAGCUCUCCUCUCUUCUACUGCCUCCGACAACUCCAGCCUCGAUCCCCGAGACCUGAACACCAUGAGCUUGGGUCUCAGUCACUCGCUCAGCAGGUACAAGCUCAAGUUCAGCCCCGACAAGGUGGACACCAUGGUGGUGCAAGCCAUUGGUCUACUUGACGACCUGGACAAGGAGAUUAACAUUUACGCCAUGAGAGUCAAGGAGUGGUACGGAUGGCACUUCCCCGAGAUGGGCAAGCUCAUCACCGACAACCUCGCCUACUCAAAGUGCAUCAAGGCAAUGGGCUUCCGCACAAACGCUGCCACUACGGACUUUGCCGAGAUUCUGCCAGAGGAGAUCGAGGAGACACUCAAGGCCGCUGCUGAGAUCUCCAUGGGUACCGAAAUCUCGCAGACCGACAUUGACCACAUCUACAGCCUGUGUGACCAGGUCAUCAGCAUCACCGCAUACCGAUCGCAGCUCUUCUCUUACCUGCAGAACAGAAUGGCUGCCAUUGCUCCCAACCUCACAGCUCUCGUGGGCGAGCUGGUCGGCGCCCGUCUCAUUUCGCACGCUGGAUCGCUCAUGUCGCUAGCCAAGCAGCCUGCCUCGACAGUGCAGAUCCUGGGUGCCGAGAAGGCCCUCUUCCGAGCGCUCAAGACCAAGCACGACACACCAAAGUACGGUCUGAUCUUCCACUCUUCGCUGGUGGGCCAGGCACCUCAGAAGCUCAAGGGAAAGAUGGCCAGGAUGGUGGCUACCAAGGCUGCCCUGUCGAUCCGUCUGGACGCACUGGCUGAUGCCGAUUCCAAGUCUGACGCUGCUGCCCCAUCGAUUGGUCUGGAGGCGCGGGCCAAGCUGGAGAGCCGACUGAGGGGUUUGGAGCACCGAAGCGAUAUUGGAGGUCUGCGCGCUGCCAAGGGCCCUAACGCCGGCUACCAACAGAAGAAGUUUGAGAUGAAUGGAGGUGGAAGGUCAUACAAUGCAGGUGCCGACGCACCCGUCGUUGCUCCCACAGUGGCUGACACUACAGUGGCCGACACCACCAUGGAUGCUGAUGAGACGACUGCUACUACUGCUUCUGGCAAGAAGCUGACAAAGGACGAGAAGAAGGCUCUGAAGAAGGCUGCCAAGGAAGAGGCAGUGGACGAGGAGGGUCUGAGCAAAGAGGAGAGGAAGAAGAGGAAGAAGGAGAAGAAGGCUGCCGAGGCACAAAUGGAGGCAGCAGGUGUGGAUACGAGUGGCAAGAAGGAGAAGAAGGAGAAGAAGAGGAGUGCAGAUGAAGAGGAUGGGGCAGAGAAGAAGUCGAAGAAGUCAAAGAAGUCAAAGGAGUGAAGCAGGUGGCUCUGGUUUCGUCGUGCGUCUUCUCUACCUUCUUGUAUGUCUUUGUGCUCCUUCGUUCCGCAUUUUACAUCUCAUUUUGCUGCGCUCUCUGGCCGACC